AUGGCGGCACCUCAAAGGACACUCCCAGGUGCAUCCACACCUCCAGAGACCUUUCCAGGGACGUUAUUGGUCCCAGAGACCUUCCUAGAGGUCCCAGGGGGUCCUAUGGCAUUACUGUGCCGCGACGCCCCUAGGGUGCCCCCCAGUGGUGACGGUACCCCCAGGGGCCCUUGCAACAUCAGUGGCAUCCUCAGGUGCCUUCUCAGGAGCGACGGCACCCCUGGGGCCCUGACUGGAGCAGCGGAGCCUGCAGGUCCCUACCCAGGGGCAGCGCAGCCCACAGGGACCAUCCCAGAGACCGUUUCAGGGGGAGUAGCUCACCGAGAACCCUCCCAGGGUCGGUGGCGCCCCCAGGGGUCCCUCCCAGGGUCGGUGGUGAACCUGGAGUCCCUUUCAUUAGAAGAGGAAUGCACAGGGACCAUUCCAGUGGCAGCAGAGCCUCCAGGGACCAUCCCAGAGCCCCUCCCAGGGACGGCGGCACCUCAAAGGACACUCCUAGGGGCAUCCACACCCUCAGAGACCUUUCCAGGGACGCCUGGCGAUCCCAGGGUCUAUCUCAGGGGUGGUGUACAUAUCAGGAACCCUCCCAGGUGCCGCGACGCCCCCACGGUGCCACCCAGUGGUGACGGUGCCCCCAGGGGCCCUCGCAACAUCAGUGGCAUACUCAGGUGCAUUCUUAGGAGCGACGGUACCCCAGGGACCCUGACUGGAGCAGCGGAGCCUGCAGGGACCUACCCAGGGGCAGCGCAGCCUCCAGCGACCAUCCCAGAAACCGUUGCAGGGGCAGUGGUGCACUGGAAACCCUCCCAGGGUCGGUGGCGCCCCCAGGGACCCUCCCAGGGGCGGGGGUGCACCUGGGUCCCUCUCAUUGGAAGAGGAAUGCACAGGGACCAUUCCAGUGGCAGCAGAGCGUUCGGGGACCAUCCCAGAGACCCUCCCAGAGACGGCAGCACCUCAAAGCACACUCCCAGGGGCAUCCACACCCCGAGAGACCUUUCCAGGGACGUUAUUGGUCCCAGAGACCUUCCUAGAGGACAUCUCAGGGGUUGUGGACAUAUCAGGAACCCUCCCAGGUGCCGCGACGCCCCUAGGGUGCCCCCCAGUGGUGACGGUACCCCCAGGGGCCCUUGCAACAACAGUGGCAUCCUCAGGUGCAUCCUCAAGAGCGACGGCACCCCUGGGACCCUGACUGGAGCAGCGGAGCCUGCAGGGACCUACCCAGGGGCAGCGCAGCCCCCAGAGACCAUCCCACAGACCGUUUCAGGGGAGCGACGGCUCCCCAGGGACCCUGACUGGAGCAGUGGAGCCUGUAAGGACCUUCCCAGGGGCAGGACAGUCCCCAAGGACCAUCCCAGAAACCGUUCCUGGAGCAGUGGUGCACUGGAAACUCUCCCAGGUUCGGUGGCGCCCCCAGGGACCCUCCCAAGGGCGGUGGUGCACCUAGAGUCACUCCAAUUGGAAGAGGAGUGCCAAGGGACCAUUGCAGGGGCAGCAGAGCCUCCAGGGACCAUCCCGGAGAUGGUGGCACCUCAAAGGACACUCCCAGGUGCAUCCACACCUCCAGAGACCUUUUCAGGGACGUUAGUGCCCCCAGAGACCUUCCUAGGGGUCCCAGGGGACCCUAUGGCAUGCUUGGUGCCCCCCAGUGUUGACGGUGCCCCUAGGGGCCCUCGCAACAUCAGUGGCAUACUCAGGUGCAUUCUUAGGAGCGACGGUACCCCAGGGACCCUGACUGGAGCAGCGGAGCCUGCAGGGACCUACCCAGGGGCAGCGCAGCCUCCAGCGACCAUCCCAGAAACCGUUCCAGGGGCAGUGGUGCACUGGAAACCCUCCCAGGUGGCAGCAGAGCCUCCAGGGACCAUCCCAGAGACCCUCCCAGAGAUGGUGGCACCUCAAAGCUCACUCCCAGGGGCAUCCACACCCCGAGAGACCUUUCCAGGGACGUUAUUGGUCCCAGAGACCUUCCUAGAGGUCUCAGGGGGCUCUAUGGCAUUACUGUGCCGCGACGCCCCUAGGGUGCCCCCCAGUGGUGACGGUACCCCCAGGGGCCCUUGCAACAACAGUGGCAUCCUCAGGUGCAUCCUCAAGAGCGACGGCACCCCUGGGACCCUGACUGGAGCAGCGGAGCCUGCAGGGACCUACCCAGGGGCAGCGCAGCCCCCAGAGACCAUCCCACAGACCGUUUCAGGGGAGCGACGGCUCCCCAGGGACCCUGACUGGAGCAGUGGAGCCUGUAAGGACCUUCCCAGGGGCAGGACAGUCCCCAAGGACCAUCCCAGAAACCGUUCCUGGAGCGGUGGUGCACUGGAAACUCUCCCAGGUUCGGUGGCGCCCCCAGGGACCCUCCCAAGGGCGGUGGUGCACCUAGAGUCACUCCAAUUGGAAGAGGAGUGCCAAGGGACCAUUGCAGGGGCAGCAGAGCCUCCAGGGACCAUCCCGGAGAUGGUGGCACCUCAAAGGACACUCCCAGGUGCAUCCACACCUCCAGAGACCUUUUCAGGGACGUUAGUGCCCCCAGAGACCUUCCUAGGGGUCCCAGGGGACCCUAUG